AACCCAACCAUGGACCAUUUAGAAGACUAUUCCCUAACGGUUUUACAUCCCUUGUGAAAUAUUGGUGGGCAGACAGUGUAUUUCAACGGUAGAAUGGGUAAUUUGAUGACACUCCCCUGCUAGUCCAAUUUUUUUUAUUGUAUCCCGUCUCCAGCAGAGCCCGCGCCUGCGCUUCUUGAACCGAACUAAGAAUCACCAGACCCGGCUCCAUCACCGAGACUGCGUCCCCUGUGUCUACAGUCGCCGAUGUACCAGUCUAUCUAAUGAGGGAGUGAUCGAGAGUCGCUACUGGAAACCGUGAGCAAGUUCACGAGUGAACAUCGGACAGAUCUUUAGAAACAUUACAGUUUGCCUUGAGUGCUCGGACUGGAUCUGAGAAAUGGAGAGAAAGCGUCCUGGAAUGCCGUCUGGAGCGAGGAUGCCCCACCAAGGUGCUCCCAUGGGGCCCCCCGGACCCCCGUUCGGUGGGAGCCCCGCGGUGCGGCCCGGCCUGCCCGCCCCGGUCAUGGAGCCCAGCCGCAAGAGACCUGCCCCCUCCCAGCAGGUCCAGCAGCAGCAGAACGUCCAGAACCGGGCCAGAAAGAAGCCAGUGGGAUUCCCUGGAGCCAAUGAGAUGCCAGCGAGGCAGAUGGACAUGAGAGAUGCCCAAUCAGAUCCAACGCUCGGAUCAAACGCCAAGAGAAGGAAAAUGGCAGACAAGAUUCUUCCACAGAGGAUCCGUGAGCUGGUCCCGGAGUCCCAGGCUUACAUGGACCUGUUGGCCUUUGAACGUAAACUGGACCAGACCAUUAUGCGUAAACGGGUGGACAUCCAGGAAGCCCUAAAGAGACCCAUGAAGCAAAAGCGUAAACUGAGGCUGUACAUCUCCAACACCUUCAACCCUGCCAAGCCUGACGCUGACGACUCAGACGGCAGUAUUGCAUCAUGGGAGCUGCGGGUUGAGGGGAAGCUGCUGGAUGAUCCUGGGAAGCUGAAGAGGAAAUUCUCCUCGUUCUUCAAGAGCCUGGUGAUCGAGCUAGACAAAGACCUGUAUGGUCCUGACAACCACCUGGUAGAGCUGCUGACCAGUAAAGCGAAGUGGCACCGCACUCCCACCACCCAGGAGACUGACGGCUUCCAGGUGAAGAGGCCAGGGGACGUGAGCGUGCGCUGCACACUGCUGCUAAUGCUAGACUACCAGCCCCCCCAGUUCAAGCUGGACCCUCGUCUUGCUCGCCUGCUGGGUAUCCACACCCAGACCCGCUCCUGUAUCAUCCAGGCCCUGUGGCAGUACGUCAAGACCAACAAGCUGCAGGACUCCCACGACAAGGAGUACAUCAACUGUGACAAGUACUUUCAGCAGAUCUUUGACUGCCCGCGGCUCAAGUUCUCGGAGAUCCCCCAGCGUCUCACCAACCUCCUCCUACCCCCUGACCCCAUCGUCAUCAACCACGUCAUCAGCGUGGACCCUAACGACCAGAAGAAGACGGCGUGCUAUGACAUCGACGUGGAGGUGGAGGACCCCCUGAAGGGCCAGAUGAGCAGCUUCCUGCUCUCCACUGCCAACCAGCAGGAGAUCGCCUCACUGGACAACAAGGUGGGACAACCACACAAGAAGGAUAGCCAAUCACAAUUACCCAAGAUGACCUUUAAGAUCCACGAAACCAUUGAGUCCAUCAACCAGCUGAAGAUCCAGAGGGACUUUAUGCUCAGCUUCUCCAGGGAUCCUAAGGGCUACAUCCAGGACUGGCUAAAGUCCCAGAGCAGAGACCUGAAGCUGAUGACGGACGUGGUGGGGAACCCGGAGGAGGAGAGGAGGGCGGAGUUUUACCACGAGCCCUGGUCCCAGGAGGCCGUCAGUCGUUACUUCUACAGCAAGAUCCAGCAGAGGAGACAGGAGUUGGAGCAGGCCUUGGCUGUGAGGAACACCUAAACGCCCUGUCAAGGACGUUUCUCUCUCUCUGCACUCUUCAUCUGACCCCAGACCUGUGUUUUUGUGUGUUGUGUUUGUUUGUUUUUUUAAUCGCUAGGGAACUGACCUCUGGCCCAUCCCCCAAUUGCAUGUGUCCAAAAUAAAACGUCCCUCAAUCUGUUCAGCUCUGACUGACCGAACAUCUCUCUCCACACUCCUGCGACCACAGGCCUUCGGCGGACAUUUUGUUUCUCAAAAGAACCCUAACACAGUGGGUUGCUUUUAAUGUCAACCACUUAGAACCCACUAGCAUGUCACUGUCUUUCCAUAGAGACUAGAAGUCAUUGUACCAGCUGCCUGCAGAACGAUUACUGUUUUAGAGCCUUCUCAUCUCAACCAGAUUGACUUUUCUGCUGAGUCAUAGUGGUCCACUGCGUCUCAUUCGGAUGAGCCCAAAGUGGUCGUUUGUAACCCAAUGUUUCAAGUGUCUUGACUCACACACAGUGGAUUGUGCCCAUUGUUUUAGUGUAUCAUUAGUGGUAUUGUUCAUGUGAGCAAUAUGCUUCAAGUGUGCAUGUGUGUUUUUGAUGUGUGGAACCAAAUUUACACCAGCAGAAUGAAGAUUACUGUUUGAAGUAAUGGGUCGGGGGACUGGGCUAAUUUCCCUUCUGAAGCCCAAAUGUUGAGGUCUGUCAUUUAAAAAAUGAACUUGUUCAAGGAAGGCAGCUUUCAUGAAUGAGAUUUCCCCCCAUUAUUAACUAAUCAAGACACAAUCGAAGAUUAGUUUAUUUUUUCCACCUUUCUACCGUAAUUCCCUUAAACAAUGUAACUGUAAAAGUAGAUGUCUGUAUAAGUGAAUAUAUUCCAUCAGAUGAAGUUGAAAGGGACAAGGAUGAAUAAGACUCAUAUCAGUUGACCGUAGAAGAUAGACGUUAACGUGAGGAGGUGACGGUAGGCACAAGGCGAAGUAAUGUAGUAACACUUGUCGGCCAUAGCGUGGCGUCUUAGAGCCAGGACAGCCUGCAUGUUUUUACACAGACUAACUCUCUGUAACACAGAGCACCCAGACAGACUUGUCCCCUGAAGGCACGUCUUGACCGCAGUAAAUUACCGUGCAAAAGGGAUUAACGUUAGUGGUUAAAUGUUUGUGUUGCUAUUUUAGACAUAUGUAUUCCAGGGGCUCAUUGUCCUGUCAUAAUAACUGUAUAAAAAGUCAUGUUUGGGAACAGUAUUAGCUACAGAACCCUCUCAGUGCUCAAAUCAGUGUUUUUAAUGUUAACAAAGGACACAUUUUGGGAUAUGAUGUGAGAGUAACCAACAUUUCCUAUGUUGAAGAAUCAUGGGGCGGGCAGUGAAAAUGCAGCCUGACAAAUGUUGGCCCGAAACUUUUAGUAAUCCUUUUAUUCGAAAUGAAUGGGGAAAUAGGUCUUUGUUCAUUGUAUUUUUUAGUUAACAUCUAAGUGGAUCUGUCUGACAGUAUUUUGUCCUUGAACGUUUCGACAGAGUCACCAAAGGUCUCGAUGAAGAGUAUUAGAAUGGUUCAAAUGGACAAUGAAUAACGAUUACCGUGAUCUUGUCUAACCCCGAUAAAGCUACGUUACCAGUUGAAAUUGAACAAGGGUGAAUAUGACAACGUUUUUAAAGGAAACCUCUGAAUGUAAAUCUGUUUGUUUUUCUUCAGGGAGAGCACUGUUUGUGUCAGUGUGUUUGGUUUAGUGAAGAGCGGGACAUGGGGUGGGAAGGAUCGGGGUCCAUACGUUUAAAGGUGUAGGACAGGGACGCUAGUGUCCCUCUGUGUAGACUUGGGGGAAGGGUGUGGGGGAUGGUUAUUUUAGGCCCUUGAGUUUUAAUAGGGCAGAACCACAAAAUGUAAUGCUGGGAGUGAUGAUACCUCCCUCUCUCCCCACCCACAGGGAACGCCCAUCUCUUUAACUAACUUCCACAGCAACUCAGUUCUGUGCCCUUCCACAGUAGUUUUGUGCUUGUGAUGGGAGAAGCCUUCUCAGAAAUCCGUUUCUGAUAUGAAGUCAACACUGCUGUCUUCUGUAAGGUUCAGUCACAUCAAAAUUGUGUCCAUGUUACAUCUCUUUUGUGUCCACAUUUUCUUCGACAUAGCUGAGACCUAACUCAGCAUAAACAACGAGGUUGGAUUUCUUAAAGACCUAUGCAUGCUGCAUGGACAGGUUUUAUACAUUUAAAACGGGACAUGUAAAUACUCUCACAAAUGCAUGGAAGUGGAUGUGGAGAGCAAUGGAUUUGACACAAUUUCCAUGUUGAAGGGGCCUUUACUGAACAUUUGCUAAAAAUUUGCGUGCCUCCCAACCAGCAUAGAUGUUAUCUGCAUAAGAGUUUUUGUUACGUUCAGGUUACGUGUAUUUCAACCGCACCAAGCAAUGGAGCAUAAUCGUUGUUGUAUUCAAUUAUGUGUCAAUCAAUACUUGUGUUUGACCCAGAUUGGUCUUGUAUGGUUGGCAGUCAUGGAGCAUUAACUGUAGGGCUCCCCUUUCUGGGCAUUUUAGAAACUACAACUCACGGACGCCGGAAACCUUGUGUCAUCUGACUAUAGACUGUACCUAAACUGUGUGCUCCUCUCGCUCUCUGACUAAAAGCAUUGAUAUUGGUCUACCUGAAUGGAUAGGUGGUAACCACAGUUUCUGUGCAUGACUUUGUGAGGAGUGCCCAUGUUCCUCACAGCUCCCUUUCCACUGCUACACCGUUUUGUCUGUUGGUCACCACCAUGGAGAUAUAGCUCUCACUUGUGCAAAUGUGUUGGGUUACCCCAUUCUACAAACAAACAAAAAACAAAGGAAGAAAAAAAUAGAAAAAUGAAAUGAUGAAACUACAGCUGUGACUCAGUGAGACAGCCUGGAUGUAAAUAAAGAAGCGCUUGCCAAAGUUUGUAAAUGCCA